GUUUUUCUGUGUUACAGCGGAGGUAGCAAGGCUCUUUGCGCCAUAUAACAUUGGAGCCAGAAGGAAUAUGACGAGACGACCAGCACAAGUCCAAGUUUGCCGAAGAAGCUACACACACACCGUCUGUUGUUUGGCUGACCACAAUGCGGAUAAAAUUCCAAGCGUACUGUUUAAAGCUGAACUUCUUACUUCAGGACUUGGAGAGCAAAAAGUAACAUUUUCAGGGAAUGACCACGAUCCCAUGGUUAUAACAAAUAAACUGAUGGAAGUGUUUCCGAAGCUCCAACAAGGUGGAGGCUUUGAAUUUCUAAAACUUGUAGGAUCGACUCGCAGUCGAAAUCUUGCAUUGCUUCAGUGUCCCAGCACUGGAUACACCCUUGCCUAUCUGAAAGAUCCAUCGACGAUGAUUGGACAGGCUACCAUCUACAUACGUCCACUUCAACAGGAUCUAUCCUUAGAUUGUGAGAGCUCACGUCCUGCCUCUGGUCCAGUCAUCCCCUGCAUCACUUGUCAGAAGGAAGUUCCCUUGAAGAUGGAUGUAAGGGAGUCUGAAGAGGACCGGGAACGGGAGCUUCUCUUAUUCUAUAAACAGCAGCAAGAAUGGGCAUGUCCACUUCAUUGUACUCUGGUUGGUGAUGUUGCUAUCGGAGAGGGAGUGAUGCGGUACUUUAUGACAACAAUCAUAUCCAAACUCCAGUUUGGAUUCAGUCUAGAUCUUGGAGGAAUGGGCCGAACACUGCUAUUUGAGGGUGAACCUGACCAUCUUGUUCCAGCAGCAUCAGAGGCACUUAUUGAAAGCAACCUCUUCCGGGUUGCAGGAAGGAUGUUGGCCCACACCUUUCUGCAUGACGGUCCCCAUGUCACAGGAUUAAGUCCUGCUGUAAUUCAUGUACUCUUCAAUGGGGACCCUGAAAUGGCUACUGUUGUUGUUAAAGACUGUCCUGAUCUGCACAUCAGGAGCAUCAUAGAACUGCUUGAACAUGAAGAACUUACACCGGAACAGAAAGACACAGUUUCAGAUCUUUCCAUGUCUUGGGAUCUUCCGGCAGUCACCAAAACAAAUCGGAGAUGGCUACAUAAUAAACUUCUACUCCAUGCAGUCGUUGGGAGGACCAUGCGCCAAAUUAAACAGUUGAGAAAGGGACUGAAAGAUGUGAUGGUAUGGCCCCUGCUGACAUCUAGGCCAGAUGUUGUCCCACUUCUUUUCCCCAAAAUGGCUGAAAUGCAGUUCACACCCCAGAUGCUCCUAGAAAAAAUCACAUGGCCAGUUGAGGACAGUGAUGAUGAAGACUUUGACUUGGACACCACCUGCCGCAUCACUGGCUUUUUAAGGAUGUUCAUUGAAACAGCUUCAUCAGGUACCCUGGCCCAGCUGCUGACAUUCUGGGUUGGCUGGGAGAUGCUUCCUCCUGAAUUGAUAGUGGAGAUUUCUGGGGGAACCCUUCCUACGUCCUCCACAUGCUUUGAAACCCUAAAGCUGCCAGCUCAUUUCAAAAUCUACAUGGACUUUGAGAAAGCACUUGUCGCUGCUAUAAAAAGUACUGGAUUUGGGCUGGUUUAA